CCCUGUCGAUGCCCGGGUGCAAGGACAGGGUAGAGGUAACAAGUUGAAAGGUUGUAAUAGCAAAACGGUAAGGCGGCAGCAAUACAACGUUACGGCAAUUCAAUAACGCGAAUUCGCCGCGAGCGGAUACUAUCUUGCUAAAAAACAGAUUGGUUGUGAAGCCGUUCGAACGAGCGUCAGCUUCGAGGACCAGUGAGGCUUAUAAACGUCGCUAGCUAGCUAGCGUUAGCAUGCUGCUAGCUGGCUUGCUAAACGGCUAUGUCGCAACCGAGUGCUUGGACUUCUCGUAGGCUAGCGUAGCUAGCGUUAUCUCAGCUAACUGAAAUUAACUUUGGCACUGGAGGAAAACAAGAAAGAUGGCCGUGUCGGUGCGAGGCCUGUACUUUGUGGUCACCCUGUUUUUGGCCAGCUUCUUCGGAAGUGUCUUCAUGCUGGGUCCGUUCCUGCCUCUCAUGCUGCUGUCCCCUGCUUGGUACCGCUGGAUCACCGAUCGCAUCGUCGCUACCUGGCUCACUCUGCCUGUGUCGUUGCUGGAGCUGGUGUUCGGGGUGAAGGUGGUGAUAACGGGUGAUGGCUUCAUUCCGGGCGAGCGAAGUGUGAUCAUCAUGAACCACCGCACCCGACUGGACUGGAUGUUUCUUUGGUGUUGUCUGCUCAGGUACAGCUACCUUCGCCUGGAGAAGAUCUGCCUCAAGGCUGCCCUGAAAGCUGUGCCUGGCUUCGGCUGGGCCAUGCAGGUGGCCUGCUUCGUCUUCAUUCACCGUCGUUGGGAGGACGACAAGAAGCACAUGGAGAACAUGCUGGACUAUUUCUGCGACAUCAGAGAGCCCCUGCAGCUGCUCCUGUUCCCGGAGGGCACAGACCUCACCGAAAAUACAAGAGCAAAGAGCAAUGUGUUUGCUGCCCAGAACAACCUGCCAGAAUUCGAGUAUGUGCUGCAUCCCCGCAGCACUGGAUUCACCUUCAUUGUGGACAGACUACGAAAAGGAGAUAACCUGGAUGCUGUCCACGAUAUCACGGUGGCAUACCCCAAGAACAUCCCCCAGACGGAGCGCCACCUCAUCCUGGGGCUUUUCCCCCGCGAGAUCCACUUCCACGUCCGCCGCUACCCGGUGAGCUCCCUGCCCGACUCCUCCUCCGACCUGGAGUCCUGGUGUCGGGACCGCUGGGCCGAGAAGGAAACCCGACUGCGCGACUUCUACUCGGGCCAGCGGCGGGGCUUCGACGGGGACGGCGUUGUGCUUGUGCCGCCGUGUAAGACGGAGCUGCGGGUGUCUCUGAUCAAAGCAGCCUCGCUGCUGUACUGGAGCAGCUUCAUCGCUCUGUGCUUCACCGGCCUGUGGCUGUGGGCUCCGGUCAGGCUCUACUUCCUGGUCAUGGUCGGAGUGUACACGGCCCAGCAGAAGCUGAUCGGCGGGCUGGAGCUGCUGGAGUUGGCCUGCCAUCGCUUCUGGAAGUCCAUGGCCGCCGCCGCCGCCGCGGACGAGAAGGGUAAGAGUGGGAAGAUGCAGUGAGGACGGAGGGCGAGGUCGACUGGACAACGACACUGAGGACUCCGUUCAGUCCAUGCUCCGUGCCUUAGAGAGGGGAGUAAUGAGUUAAGCGAGGGCUUACCUGUCUGAAAAGAGAAAAAGAGGAAUGUUAUUUACAUUUAUCGUUGUUUGAUUCAAAGAAUUUCAUUUCAAUUCGUUGUCACUCGCCCUUGGUACGUCUCUGCUUGCUCAGUGCAUUUUAUUAGUUUAUGUGUUUUAUUGGAGUCGUUCGUUCAGAACCUCCGCGUGGACACACGUCAUGAAACAAUGCUCUUAGUAUUUGUAUACCGUUGCCAUGUCUUUGAAACUUGUUUUAUUGGACGCUAUGUUGCCCUUGGUUUUAUAUCUGUGUCAUAAAUCAUGGAGUGGAGCCAUAGUGCAGACCACCUGUACAUAUGAUACCUCGACUCUAACCAAUAUUCAAACAAGCACUGCAAAUAGCUGGAUUAGACCGAUGCGACUAGUUAAAUGAGUCAAAUAUUUAAUGAUGCAAUUAGUAGUCUCUACUGAGGAAAAAAAGGUUUCCCAGAGAAUUUUAAAGGAAUAUACAGGUAUAUAUGUAUGUGUACCAUUGUUUACCUUUUUUGUGUUUUAUUACUCUUUUAUACCAAUUGGGAAUUAGUUUGUGAUCAUAGAUGAUGAUGAUGUUUAUUGCUGUAACGGUCUUUAAAUCUGUGUUAUAAUUUUUGUUUGCUCAUGUAGCUUUUGCACAUAAAAGCCAAAGGAUGAGAAUAGCAGGACGGGACUUUAGGAAGAAACCAAACAGAAAGAGGUCUGUGUUGUUAGGAAAGGGUCCCCUCAUCCAACGCUGGCAAGGAUACCCAAGUAAGUCAUCAUGAGCAAAGAUCUGACAGAUCUGAUGUCUGCAGAAGCAGAUGAGCUUUGUGCCCUUUCUGGGAGCGAAUGGAUGCCUUUAAGAGGCACGAUGUGGGUGCUCGUGCCGGGGUGGAAGAAUGUCCUGUUGGUACAACAUUGCCCCUCCAUGCUCAGGGUGGCAUAGAGAACCAGACUUGGAGUGGAAAACUGGCCACGAACUUGACCUAAUCCAAAAAAAAACCCUGUAAUGCCCACCUCUGCCCGCGCCGCUCUCUUAGAGGACUGGCAUUGAUGCGCCUGCCAAACUCAAUUAGCACGCGACAGCUGAGAAAGCCCCUCCAAUUGUGCCAAAAAAGGACAGGAAUCAAAACGAGAUUGGAGUGGCGCUUUUACCACACGUGUAACCACUAACUCCGUUUACCAUUUCAAAUCAUGUUAACCCCGGGACUCGGGAAACAUUUGUGUCUCAGGCAGUCCGUAGCACUUUCCGUAACACCGCGAUCAAGACGAUCGACCAUCUUCUGAGACAAUUGUCUUUUGACUGAAGCGUCAUUUUGUUUGUGUUUGUUGUUGAUAUGAAUCUGAAGCUCCUGUAUGUGUAAAGAGGCUGUCUCCAGUCACUGUGAUCCAGCUGUGUUACCAAUUUUACCAUCGGCAUGUAGUAGUUUACCACACAUGGUACUAUAUAUCAGUCUCAUCCACCCCGAAUCAGCCAACAUCUCCUCCUGGUGUUCUGUACCCUGUGCUGUUUUUCUGCUCAUUUUACAAUCACUUGCUGAUGCUGGACCUGUCCAAAGUCACUGUCCUCAGGUAAUAUAUAUAUAUAUAUACAUAUGUGUAUAUAAAUUAAUAUGCUAUAUCAACAA